CAAGGAGCGGCUACUCCAGUAAAAUCCCCAUCGACCACCGCAACCAUUCACCCGAAUCAGUUUCGUCACUACUCCACCAACACCCAUCACCUACCGGUACCUACCACCCCUCACCCAAUCUCCACUCUCCGCUCAACAACCAGAAACCCCAAUGGCUUUCCUUCGCCUUGUCGCCGCCUCUGCCAGGCCUGCUCUCCGCACUUCGGCUACCCGCUCUGCCGCGAUUGCGCCUCGAGUUCUCGCGACCAGGAUCGCUGUCCGCAACUACUCCGAUUCGCACGAGGAGAGUUUCGAGGAGUUCACUGCUAGAUACGAGAAGGAAUUCGACUCUGUCCAGGAUGUCUUCGAGCUCCAGCGCAACCUGAACAACGCUUUCGCCUACGAUCUCGUUCCCUCCACCUCCGUCAUCACCGCCGCCUUGAAGGCUGCGCGCCGCGUCAAUGACUUCCCCACCGCUGUGAGAAUCUUCGAGGGUGUCAAGGCCAAGGUCGAGAACAAGCAGCAGUACGAGCAAUACCUUGAGGAGCUCGCCCCCCUGCGACAGGAGCUUGGUCUCGAACUUGUCGAGGACCUGUACCCCCAGGGCAGCAAAUAAACAGUCCACACCCUUCCAACAAUAAAACCACACACACCUGCACAAAACCUCCGUAUCGUCUUUUUUUUUGUAUCUAUGUGGGAUUAGAUGAGGAGAGGGGAGGAGGGGUUAGGAGGGGGGCACGGGAAUGGGGACAUUGGAUUACACCUGACGUUUUCUUCUACAUUUCCCCCGUGCCUUGUAGUAAUAGGAGAUUACA